UCUUUAAGAAAUGCAUCUUCAUUUUAAUCGAACGUUCAUUCCAGCUUUGUCAAUAUUUUCAAUGAAAUAGGCUCGCCAAAAUAGACUAAAGGUUAAAUGUUUGCUUUAUUUUUUAAAAACGUUUUUCGGACCUUCCUGCUUUUGGCGACAGGCAUUUUUAAUAACGAAUCACAAAGCAGAAACCGAACUCUUUGGGCCAAUCAAAUAUUUGUUUUCCCGAAACCCCGCCCCUCUAGGCAGAUAGCGAGAUGGAUCGAUAAGAUUUCAUUCACUUGUUUUUAUGCGAAUUUACCACUGUAAACAUUAAGAACAGUUUAAUGGGAAGACACAUUCUUUUCUGUGGAUUUUCACUGGAAGGAGACAGCUGGAACAAAAACAAGUUCGGUUCUGAACGCCUUUAUGCUUUGGUAUAUUGUGCAAUUUCACUAUUUUUCGUAGCUGAAAACUUUGGCUCGCUCCAGCUCGUUAAACCAACACGUACUUGGCUGUUAAGUUAUCUGCCAUGAUGGCUGUGCAUGAGAAGCCUUUUUAUUCCGGAAAAACGAACGCACUCCUGAUCAAGUGUGGGAUAAAUCAUGCAGCUCUGGCUUAUGCUAUGACUACUCUGGGGGCUGCCAUGAUAAACAAUAUAUUCAGCUUCUACUAUGUCAAACUCUUUAUCAAUAAAUACAACACAUCAGAGGGAGCAUUCGACCAGUCACAGGUGGUUUACAUGGUGUGGAAUGCAGUCAAUGACCCGUUGUUUGGCUACUUGCAAGAUAAUUCCAGGGUGCCCUGUUGCUCUCAGCGACGUCUCUCCAUUUUGUAUGGUGCUCCUCUCUACUCACUGGCUUUUCUUCUACCUUGGUUCCCGUGGCGUUCCUACGCUCCUGGUGACUGGUUGAGUGGCGUACACCUGACAGUGGCACUGUGUGCUUUUGAUGGCAUGCUGACGUUUGUGCUACUGGCACAGUGCGCAUUGUUUGCAGAAAUUUCCAGCCACCAUCAGAAUCGAAUAAGACUUAUAAAGUACAACCAGGUGGCUUCUCUUAUUGGCUCUUCCAGUGUGCUGUUCUGCGGUGUGCUGUCCAGAAACAUGGAGGACUUUACGAUGUUCCAAACCUACACCGUGCUAAUCGCUGUCCUGAGCUGCGGCUGCAUGAUGUACACAGGUUUCCACAGUGAGGGCCGCUUUGAUAACAAAGGAUCUCUAUCAGACGCUCAGGGGUGUGUUGACAUGACUUCCCAUCAGUCAGCAUUUUCCUUCUCCACAUUAAGAACGAUGACCUGGCAAAUUGUGACCAACCGGGAUUUUCAACUCUUUGUGCUCAUGAACUUUUUCCAGGUCUUCCUGUUGGCUUUCUUUAAUAAUUUUACUAUGAUAUUUACUGAGCACCUGAUUCCUCCAGAUGCGCUUCCGUCAUUGGCUAAGAGUAUCAUGUAUGGAGCAGGAUUCAUCUGUCCACAGCUAUUAGUAUUGAGCUGUCAGAAUCUGCUCCGUGGUAUUGGCUACUACAGGAUCAUCCUCUUCACGUUUUUCAUGGAGGUUGGAAUGGCAGCACUCAUGCUAGCAGUUGGCCCACAGCACUACUAUAUAUUGGCAGUUUUCCUCACAGUUAGCAUGGUCAUAAUUCAAGCAGCCUUCAGUCUUUUCGGCUUGCCUUUGGCUGACAUCAUCGACAAAGACAUGCAGAAGUAUAAGCGCAGUUCCCCCUUGUCCUCCAUGGUGUUUGGGACGAAUGCUCUGUUCACCAAGCCAGCUCAGUCGCUGGCCCCCAUGAUAGUGCUUAAUAUCCUCAACCACUUUGGAUAUGAGAAGCUUAAGGAUGCAGACCCAACUUCAGAUCCAAGGGCCCUGGAGAGCCUACACAGUGUCAUGUUCUACAUGGUGUGUCUGCUGCCCUUGUGUGUCGCUGCUGUGCAAGUCCUGGCUUGGAGGCCGUUUUCCAUCCGCAACAGUCACACAGUCGACGCAAAGUAUAUUGACAACUAACUUCAAUAUUUAAAGGAGCUUGUGGAAAUUUCUUUAGCUGGGAUUUGGGAAAAAUCUUUAUUACUGAGUAAGAGAUCAUGUUGAAAUUAAUAUGUAAAUCACUGUGAGAGUCCGGAUUGUGAUGAUGCAGUUUAGGACUGUGUCCUGCAAAUGCAUAGGGAACCACUGUACAUAAUAUUGGCCUGCUCACAGACACCAAGGACAUGAAUAUCAAACAUUAAGUAACUAAAUGUUUGAUCUAUGUAAAGAGGAGAGAUUGCUUCCAUUACCUGCACUGCCAGUUUCUCUUUAGUUAUUGCAUACAAGAGGUAUAUGAGUUAUUGAUCAGCAUUUGGAUCUGAAAGUUUGUUAAGACUCUUUAAAUGUGCAUAAAAAGCCCACUAAUGAGCCAGUAUUUGGUACUUUAUAGCACCAACUGCCUCGCCAACAAACACAAGUUGGACCAAAACCUUUCCACAUACAGUAUGUGGAAGCAGCAGACAUGAAAAGUGGUUUAAAGAUAAUGGUAGCAUCCAGGUAAAAAAAACAAAACAUUAUGUCGGUAUAGAUUAGAACAGUCUGAACUUCAACUGGCUACUUACUAUAGAUUGACUACUUUUGGUUGUAUGGUUAAGGACAUUAUGGCUAAUACCAUUUAAGAUUUAGUUGAUGGUUUACAGGAGAGAACAAUGCAGAAACAGAACAAGCAGAAAUUUACUGAGAUUUUAAGGAUAUUUGGGUGAAUGCUAAAAGCCUUAGUUGACUCUGUCAAAAGUUCAUUUCACAGCUUUUAUUUAUUUGUAAAAAAAAAAAAAAAAAAGCAUGUACAUGUAAACAUCCACCUUGACCUUACAAUUUUCUUUGAAAUAAGUUGAAAGUAACAAAAGUAUUUGGCAGCUGCUGUUCUUAACUCCAUGCUUAAUAGAACAGACAAGUUGAUUUUAAGUAAUUUGGCAAAAAAACAAGCUGGGACUUGUAACCUAAUAUUUCGCAGCACAUCUUUUUGAAGCACUUACUGGUGUCAGGAUAUCUUUGGUAGAAUUGUGCACACUACAACUGGUAGUUUGGAUUUACUCUGUGCCUUUUUUACCAUUACAUCUAUUUUAAUGAUCAACAUUAUGUGGUUAAAUUACCCUUUUAAUCUUUUGGUUUUGGAUUUUUAUAGUUUAUGAUUAAAUAUAUUUGUACACAA